AUGGGGCCCCGCACGGCUCCGAGACCCCGACCCCACACACGCUGGCUAACAGGUGGUGAAAGUUUUCUUUCCCGUCUACAUAUUUUUCACAUGGAGUCACUCCUCCUCGAGGCUGAGGAGGAGGAACCCCAGUCGCCCGUGGAAGGACGCUGGGGUGGGUCCGAGGAAAGGCCACCUCCCCUCCCCGCUCCCCGCUUCUCCGGCCCCGCACCCACAGACGCCCCGCCAGCGCGUUUCACAACCGCCUCCCGCCCGCGGAGCCCGCCCGUGCUCCAGCAGCUGGAGGCCCGGGGUUCCGAGAACCGAACGCGGAGUUCCCCUUCCCGGCUCGCGAGCGCCGCGCGGCCAAACCCGCGCCGGGCCGAGCCCUUCCCGCUGGGGCCGCCCGGGGCCGCGCGGGGCAGCGAAGCGCUCAGACGGCCGCCGCCUCCCGUGCCGGGACCCGAGCCCCGGAGCGCCCUCUCCGCUCCGCGGGGCCUCCUUCAGCCCGACCCCCGUCCCCUCCCCGGGGCCGGCCUCCCAGCCGACGGACGCCGGCGCUCCGGGCCCUACUCACCAGGUCCUCCCGACCUCCCGGCCCCGAAAGCGGCCGCCCCGGGGCGCGUAGCCGGCGCUCGCGCGGAGGCCGGCGCCCCGCUCCCGGCCGGCCCUUCCUACUCGCGCCUGGCCGGCCCGCCAGCGGAGCAACGUGGCCCUUCCCCGGCGAGGGCGGGGCGGGGCGGGGAGGGCCGAGGGGCGGGGCCGGACGCCCUCGCCGGGGCCCCUGCAUCCCGGGCCCGCCCCUCGGCCGACUUGGCCGUCCCCGCUCGCCGGGCGUCCCAAGUUUCCCGGGUUCCGAACUUCGGGACGCGCGGUGCCGAAGCGGCUACACAGCGCCCUUCCCGGCUCACGAUCCCGACCCCACUCGCACACUCAACCCGUCCCGCGGAGACUUCGGGAGCCUCGUCAUUCCCCCCAGCCCCCAGCCCCAGCGCCUGGAGCCUCACAGAGGGGAUGGGGUCAGUCCGGCCUCAGACUCUGACCCCCACCCCUCACCCCGCACCCCCUACCGCCCGGACGACCCUCGCCCAGGCGGCUCUGGGUCGUUACCUGGAUCCCGCCCGCCUGGUCUCAGCUGGAAGCCGUGGCCCUCCCAGGUCGGAGUCCAGGCCCCAGGCUGGGUCCAGACAGGCGGCCCAGGCCCCACCCCCUCGACCCCCGGCGGCCGGGCCCUCCCCUUGCGCUCCUUCCCCCCCUCCCACCAUCCCCCGCAGCCACUUCCGCCCGUGCUCCGGAAGUGAGUCCGCGGUAACGGCCACCUCCCUUCGUCCCGCCUCAUUCUUCCUCCGCACCCCGCUCCCUCCCCCACCGCCCGUCACCACCGCCACCACGGGAGCGCGGGACGUGGGUCUGCACUGUUCCCAAGACCGGAGACGAGGUGUGGGCCGGACCGGGUCUGGAAGAGAACUGAGCGUGGGGCGAGAGUACGAGAAGGGGCGGGGCAGAGAGUACGGCGGCGAGCGGGAGCGCGCGUCAUCGGGCGCCGCGCGGCGGGAAGCGCGCAUGCGCCUCGGCGCCCCGGCCGGUCGCGGGUGUUGA